UGUAGAAUCGACUACACCGGUGUUUAUUUGAUCGUGUAAUUUUCACAAAUUGGCGACGAGGAUGGGAUGAUAAUUUGUAGUGGGUGCAUAGGAUUUCUUCUGGAUUAACAAUCAUCAGCUGAAGGUUGGUGGAAAAAGCUCUCGAUUGACGCUACUGACGCGCAUAUGAAAAAGCUCCGCACGGUGAGAGCGAGUGAAACUUCUUCUUGGAAGUGAAAGAGAUAGGCGCAUGUAAGCCUGGAUGAUCUGCGACUUGACAGCAGGGCUCGCGACGAGAAAGCGGUCAGAUCUGCGACUUGACAGCAGGGCUCGCGACGAGAAAGCGGUGAGAUUUGCGACUUGACAGCAACACGGAAAGCUUCGCGACUAGUGAGCGGUGAGCAACAAGAAAGUUUCCGCAACGAGUGAGCGGUGAGAUAUUCUGCUUGGAAAAAGCACACGUUGCCGUGACGAGAAAAGCGAACAAGGUUAUUGAUUGGAUGUAAACAAGUCUGUGAACGAUUGAAAAAUCGGUUUGAUUUAACGAAAAGAGGUAAAAUAUUGGGAUAGAUUAUUAGAAUCAAUUGUAAUUGAUGUUGUUUUAAGGAUGGAUAAGCUGAAGUGUUUCUCGACCCUACCACCGUUCUCGUACGCGGAUGUGCCGCUGGCCGAACGCCGCAGUAAGUGGCAUGUCUGGAAAAGAGGGUUUGAAAUUUGUCUCCGUGCUUCCAAGGUGACGGAUGCCAUUGAAAAGAAAGAUCUACUGCUUGCUCAAGGUGGGUUCGGUCUUCAGGAGAUAUUUUUUAACAUUCCUGGAGCGGACGUAGAAGAAGACAAAAAUAACGGUAUCGAUCCGUAUGAGGUGGCAAUCACAAAGCUGGAUUGUUAUUUUGCACCCCAACGCCAUGAAGCGCACGAGCGGUACCUCUUCUGGGCCAUGCAACCUGAGACCGACGAGGGUUUGGAAAAGUUUUUAAUGAGAGUUCAGGUUCAUGCCAGUAAAUGCAAUUUCGGGAUGUCAGCAACCGCAAGCAGUGGCAUUGCGGUGAUCGACAAGAUGCUGCAAUUCGUACCUCCGCCGCUGCGGGAAAAACUUCUCCAAGAUUCCAACUUGAACAUCGAAGAAAUGAUCAAGCAAGUUAACGCACACGAGACCUCACGAUCGGCUAGUGAUCAAAUCAGUGGUAAAAACAUUCUUCAGAAUACACCCAAAGCAACGGAAACAAUGCAAAGCAUUCGGGGAUCCUGCAAGUAUUGUGGGCGUUCUCAUGGGCCAGACGCGUGCCCGGCAUGGAAUAAAACCUGCGGGAACUGCCACAAAAAAGGACAUUUUCGAGUCGUUUGCUUUAAUCGUCCUGUCAGGGGACCGGGGAAUUUCGUACCAUCAUCUUAUCCGGCAUCGUCAUCGACCUUCGCGUCAACAACAGGAAAAAAUUCACUGAAGAGAACCCACGUUCAAGUUUCUCCGGCUGCUUGGUAUUCGAGCGGCAGACCAGCACAAAACAAGAUCGCGAGGUAUGCGCGGAAGGUACAUGCUAUCGACGAUGCGGAAGUUGACAACGAAGAGGUCGAACUUGUCGAAAUGGUAUCAUCGGUUCAUGAUUCCGAGGAGUUGGUUUGGGCCAAUGUUGGCGGUGCACUAAUUGAAAUGCAGAUCGAUUCAGGUGUACAGUCAAACAUAAUUGACGAUCAAACCUGGGAUGUGAUGAUUCGUAAUGGAGUACAUACAAUCGGGGGAAAUCAGCAACCAGAUCGGAGAUUCAGAGCGUAUGCACAGAAAGAUUGCCUAGUUGUAACCAACAUGUUUGACGCAGAAAUCUCCAUCUGCGAUGGGUCGAAGCAACUGGAAACGGUAGCACGUUUCUACGUUGUUAAGGAUGGUCCUCAGCCUCUAUUGGGGAAGAACACCGCAAAGCAGCUGGGUGUUUUGAUAGUUGGGCUUCCGAGUAAACAAGAAACAGUUCAACAUGUAGACAUUUCGCGACCAUUUCCAAGCAUCCGUGGCGUGAAAAUACAUAUCCCGGUUGACAUGUCAGUAGAGCCUGUCGCCCAACGAUUCCGACGAUUGCCUUUCGCAACUCUGCAGCGUGUGGAUGACAAGUUGAAAGAAUUGUUGUCCAAGGACAUAAUAGAACGAGGAUAAUAAUAGAACCCAGUCGCUGGGUAUCGCCAAUGGUUGUCGUUGUCAAGGACAGUGGUGAUAUUCGACUAUGCAUCGACAUGCGCAAAGUCAAUAAGGCGAUUCUCCGCGAAACCCAUCCGCUUCCGACCAUCGAAGACGUUCGCUGGAAGCUGAAUGGGGCGCUUUUCUUUUCAAGACUGGACAUCAAGGAUGCGUUCUACCAGCUUGAGUUAGACGACGGAAGUAAACCAUUGACGACGUUCAUUACUCACAAAGGUAACUGCGAUUAAUUUGGAUAUAUGAUUACAGAGUUGUUAUGAAAUAAGACUUGUAAGGAUUUUAUUUAUGGUUGUUUAACCAUAACGAGCACAUACUUAAAACUUAUGACAAGGUAGAUAAUACUAGUAUAUUGCUUUAUUUAUUUGCAUGCAAGGUUUAUUCAGAUACAAAAGGCUCGUGUUUGGAAUAUCGUGUGCUCCGGAGAUGUUUCAGAAAGUUCUUGAAGAAAUCUUAUCGGACUGUGGGAAUGUCAUCAAUUUCAUCGACGAUAUAGUCAUAGCAGGAAAAACGGAGCAAGAGCACGAUGCUUCGCUGAAGCAGGUUCUUGAUAAGUUGCGAUCCUACGGUGUUCUCCUGAACCAAUCAAAAUGCGUUUUCAAAUUGACUGCAAUAGAUUUUCUGGGUCAUCGCUUUGAUAGAAACGGCAUGACUCCUUCACAAGACAAAAUUAAAGCUAUCGAAAACUUCAGAACUCCAACCAAUUCUGAGGAAGUUCGCAGUUUUCUUGGCUUAGUAAAUUACGUAGGGGCUUUCAUUCCGGACUUGGCUACGAAGUCGUUUCCACUCCGGGAGCUCACCAAGAACAAAACUGAAUUUAAAUGGGGUGUCGAAGAGCAGGCAGCAUUCGAUCAUCUCGUACGAGCCAUAGGAAGUGUAGAAAGCUUGUCCCAUUUUGAUCCAAAGUUGAAAACAAGAGUUGUUGCGGAUGCCUCCCCGGUUGGGUUGGGAGCAGUUCUCCUACAAUUUUAUGAAGGAGAACCGAGAGUUGUUUCUUUCGCUAGUAAAAACCUCACUGACACCGAACGUCGAUAUGCUCAGACAGAGAAGGAGGCUCUGGCACUGGUGUGGGCAGUAGAGAGGUUUCAAAUCUACCUCAUCGGUGUUCGGUUUGAGCUAGAGACUGACCACAAGCCCUUAGAAGCUAUAUUCUCACCUGAUUCAUCGCCGUGUCUUCGAAUUGAACGUUGGGUUCUGAGACUUCAGUCAUUCAACUACGAAGUUGUGUACCGCAAAGGCAAAUCGAAUAUUGCCGAUCCAUUGUCACGCCUUUCGGAACGAGCUUGGAAAAGUAGGAGACCUCGUAGUCAGAGGAUCAAGAUUAGUGAUUCCACGAGACUUGAGGCAACGCAUGUUGCAAUUGGGACAUGAGGGUCACCCAGGUCGUACUAAGAUGCAGCAGCGUCUGAGGCAUACCUGUUGGUGGCCGCACAGUGGAUUCGUGCACAGGUUGCCAGCUGGUAAGCCUGCCAAAUCGCCCUGAGCCUAUGGAACGGAGGAAGUUGCCGGUUACGCCGUGGACGGAUAUUGCCAUUGAUUUUAUGGGUCCGUUACCUUCGGGAGACUACUUAUUAGUUAUCGUGGAUUAUUUUAGCCGUUAUAAAGAAAUCGAAGUUCUUCGGAAGAUAACGGCAAAUGAAACGGCUGAGCGCCUGGAACGCAUUUUUGUUCGGCUUGGGUAUCCUCAAACUAUCACCCUGGAUAACGGUCGCCAGUUCGUUAGCGAUGAGUUUGAUACAUAUUGUAAGCAUAAAGGUAUACACCUUAACAAGACCACCCCGUAUUGGCUUCAAGAGAACGGUUUGGUUGAGCGCCAAAACCGGUCACUUAUCAAAAGGCUCAAGAUCAGCCAGGCUCUGAAGCGCGAUUGGAAGCAUGAUAUGCUUACUUACCUAUUGAUGUACUACUCAACACCUCAUAGUACCACCGGAAAGACCCCAAGCGAGCUAAUAUACGGGCGAAACAUUCGGACAAAAAUACCUACCUUGCAAGACGUGAGCACUGCUGUACCGCUUACUGACUAUAGAGAUCAAGAUCAAGUUGCGAAGGAGAAGGGGAAGGAGAGAGAAAAUGAACGACGUAGGGCGAAACCGUCGAACAUUAAAGUCGGAGAUAAGGUGUUUGUAAAGAAUGUUCUUCACGGUAAUAAGCUGACUCCAACGUUCAAUCCUGCCAUUAUGACAGUGGAGGCUAAGCAGGGCCCUAGAGUAACAGUCCGCAAUCAGGAAACAGGAAAAGUUUACGAUAGAAAUUCUAGCCACCUGAAAAAAAGACGGGAUCCGGCCAGGCUACAACAGAGCCUUCGAUUCCGGAUAAUGUCGAGCAGUCUGAUGAUUUACCGAUUGAUGGACCGCAGAAGCCAGAGGAGACAGCUAACGCUGAAGCAGCUGCUGUCAUGCAGCAGUCAGGAUCCGAAGACGAUUCUGCCAAUCGUGGUAGAUCUCAACGCACUAUCAGGUUGCCGAGGCGUUACAAUGAAUGUUUUAUGAAAUAUUAAUUGUUAUAAAAAAAAGGGAGAUGUGGUAAUGGGUCUGUAAUAUAUCUAUGGUCCGUAUGUGUACGAACAGGAGAGCGGAGAGAGAAUAAAUAUAUAUAU